CUUAUCUGACACUGAUUUUGCGGGAAAACGAAAGUAAAUACUCAGCAAAAUGGGCACUAUUGACGAAAUGUAUUUGGAUAACUUAGACGAGUGGGUUAAUGAUGAAAAUCAAAUAGUUACAUUCAAGAAGUUAAGUUUAGAAUUACAAGUUCAUGUGAAUAAAGCGAAACAGAUGUUAUAUUCUUUUGUUCAACAUCAGAGAAACAACAAAGACAAUGACCAUCUGUUUGUGACAUAUUUCGUUGCUGGCUUGUCACAUCCUGUUGUCGGAGUUAAGACAGUAAAAUGUAUGGUUGUUCCUGAGGAAAAUAUAGAGGCAUUUAAAUCCACAUUAUCUGUGGUUACAAGUUCACAUAUCUACAGUGUCGGUAGAUCCAAGGUCAAGGAUGAUAACAAAUUGUACCUAGCUGACUACGACUCUUUACAUAAAGAUAGUACAACAAAUACAGAUAUAUUCAAAUUUAGCGCAAUAAAAUAUCCAAAAGCAAAACUUAGAUCAGAUGCAGAGGUUGAAUCACAGAAAAGAUACAAAACUGAACCCACCACAUCAAAACAGGUUAACGGUACUUCAAAGCAGAAUGGAGAAAAUGGUCAUGUCUCUCAAAAAACAAAACAGAAUGGAGAAAAUAGUAAUGUCUCUCAAAAACCAGCAGAGAAACCUCAGAAAAAAGGAGGAAUUGCAGGAAUGUUUGCUAAUCAAGCAAAAAAGCCUGAUAAUAAAACAAAAUCACCUGAGAAAGAUACAAAGAAUAAAACUAAGUCACCUGAGAAAGAUACAAAGGAGGUGAAAGAAGAACACACCAAAGACAGUAAAAAGAAUACAAAGGAAUCAUCAAACAAAAAAGGAGGAGUCAUGGCAUUCUUUUCCAAACAGACAGCAAAAGCUAAUGAGAAGCCACCAGAACCAGUAAAAAAAGAUAAUAUUGUGAAAUCUGAGCCAGAAGUUAAAAAAGAAACAAUAAAAAAGGAGCCCUCACCAGCAAAAAGGAAAGCUUCUGAUAAAGGGAAAGGUAAAAGAUCCAAAUCUGGACAAGACUCGGAUGAUGAUAGUCAAAAGAAAAGAAGAAGAAUAAAAGCUGUGUUAAUAGACAGCAGUAGUGAGGAAGAAAUGGAUUACGAAAGUCCUAUACCUAGUCCUGUUAGAGAACCAUCACCUGCUCCAGAGUCCCCUGUUCCUAAGGAAGCAGAGAAAGAAAGUCCUGAAAAACAUUCACCAGAGAAAACAACCUACACAAAUAAUGGAGAGAAAAAGAGAAAAAGGAGGAGAAAACAAGUCCCUAAAACCUUUAUGGAUGAUGAAGGAUACAUGGUGACAGAGAAGGUUUGGGAAGAAGUAUCAACAGAUGCAUCAGAGACAGAGGCACCACCUCCUCCAAAGAAACCUCAAGAAAAAACCACAAAGUCACCACAGAAAAAGAAAGCCUCACCAAAGAAAAAAUCCCCACCAUCAGCAGGAGGUAGAAAGCAAGCAGCAAUGACUAAUUUCUUUAAAAAGAAAUGAGAUUGAGAUGAUAGUGUCAUUUAUAGAAUGUUGUUAAAAAAAGUGCUAUUUAUUGAUGAAUUUAUAUUCAUUAUUUGGAUGAACAUUAAUGUGGAUUUAUACAAAACAUUAAUGUGGAUUUAUACAAAACAUUAAUGUGGAUUUAUACAAAACAUUAAAGCAGAUACAGUAAGGACAAAUAUGUCACAGUUUGAAAGUAUAUGUCUAUAUUACAUUUCACAAAUUUAAAAAUCAUGUGGUCAGGUAUUUAGAUUACACAUACAAGCUAGUACAAUUUGUGUUGUUGAUGUUACUGCAAGAUUUCUUAAUUUAUUACUGUAUUUUUGAAUGAAUUAUAUUGAAAUAGAUUAAAAUGUAUGACAGAUAA